UAGUCCCCGAACUCGAGGUGACUCGUUCAGACAACUUGACGUUGUCUAGUCAUAGCAGGCGUUAGCAUUAGCCGGCCCAUGUGACGAUGCUUCUCCCCAACAAGUGACAAUUGUUGUUGCUUUACCAGAGUUGAACUUUUGAUUUUUUGACCCGCAAAACUACCGAAUCCGUUUACGCUCAAAGCGGAAUACUUUCAUUGGGAAAACAGAUAGCAUAGGCUAAUGCAAGAACGGAAACCUUGAAGGAGAGUGUUGUGAAUGGAGCGCGUUCCAAGUGGAGGAAUGCUGCCUCUGAUCUUGGCUAGCGUUGGGAUUCUCCUGCUGUUCCGGAAGCUCCUGAGGCGCAGACAUGGAAAAGAUCUGAAGGGAUGUGUGGUGGUCAUCACAGGUGCCAGCUCCGGACUCGGCAAAGAGUGCGCGCGAGUCUUUCACGCCGCAGGUGCUCGACUCGUGCUGUGCGGCCGAGACUCGGGGCGUCUGCAGCAAGUCGUCCAGGAGUUGACGUCUGCUGCUGCACCGCUGCAGACUCACACUCCCCGCACCGUCACCUUUGACCUCGCGGACACUGCUUUGGUGGACAAAGCUUCAAAAGAGAUCCUCAAGUGUUACGGACACGUUGACGUUCUGAUAAACAAUGCUGGCAUCAGUUACCGUGGCAACAUACUGGAGACACACCUCUUAGUGCAGCGGGAAGUGAUGGAGACAAACUAUUUUGGGCCUGUUGCUCUGACUCAAGCUCUUCUGCCUUCCAUGGUACGGCGGCGCAGCGGUCACAUUGUGGUCAUCAGCAGCGUCCAGGGCAAGAUCUCCAUCCCGUUCAGAUCAGCGUGUGAGUCAGCUGCGUAUCCUGGCUCAAGCCUUCCUUGUGACGACAUGAAUAUGCUCACUCUGUCAUCAGACUCGGCGUCCAAACACGCCACCCAGGCCUACUUUGACUGUCUGAGGGCAGAGGUCGAGCAGUUCGGCAUUCCGGUGACGGUCAUAAGUCCAGGUUAUGUUCGAACAAAUUUAUCCGUCAACGCCGUCACAGGAGACGGGUCCAAGUACGGAGUUCUGGACAAGACCACGGCGACGGGUCGUGAUCCCAACUCGGUGGCUCAAGCCGUCCUGUGGGCAGUGGGUCAGAAGAGCAAAGACGUGUUGCUGGCGGGGCCACUGGCCACUGCGGCCAUCUACCUGCGCACACUGUGGCCCACACUCUUCUUCGCACUGAUGUCCUCUCGGGCUCAGAAGGAGCGGAAACCCAAAAGUGACUGAUCUGCGUCGGCAGCUCCAGACGGGAAGGUCAAAGUUCACGGUAAUUAUUGCACUUAAACACACGAGGGCGAGGAUGGCUGCUGCUUCAGGGGGGUGAGACGGAGGGCUCGGUGACGGCCAGCUGCUGGGCGAGGUCGUUGAAGCGGGCGAUGUAGUCCACGCUGCUCUCGCUCAUCAUGCACGCCAGCUGGGUGUCCACCUGCCGGAGAAGCACCAGUCCUUAGCCUCUUGAAGUGACAGCUGCCGAGUGUGAUGCUCUCAUCAGAACAGGAACAGGUCUUACUUCUGCCACGUCAGGGAGGCCGCGGGACUGAAAGGAAUCAUGGGAGUUGCAGUCCAGGAGGCUGGGACCAAACAAGGCAGUGCCGCUGGAGGGACCAGAGGGGGUCAAGGUGGGGCGCCGGCUCUUCUCAGGCGACACCAUACUCGCUGUGGAGGGAGACAAGCGGUGAGGAGGAGUCGGAUGGACGGAAGUUGUCGGCAACUAAUAAAUGUCUGAAGCUCUAGUGUGUUCCUGACACGUCCGUCUCAAGCACCAGCAGAUUUGCUGAGGAGUUCAGGGCUUACACAGGAGGCACCCGAGCGUGGAGUCUGAGGAGUCGCUGGGGUACCACUGGGGGUCGUGACUGGGUGAGGGGAUCCAGCCUCUGGAUGGACUCGCUGAGGGAGACGAGGUCAACAGUUUGGCAGCCUGGCCGCCGAGCUUCGCCGGAGAGAGCGCCGACUCCUCGCCUGGAUGGGAACACGGAACCCUCAGUGACGCUGUCCCGGGCUCCGCCCACCGUGCAGACUCACCAUAGUGGGCUGAGUUGAUGGCCAGCUCGAUGAUGGAGUCACUGAUGUGCGUCUGAGGCUCCCCGGGCGCCAGUGCUUCUUCGGGGGGACCCGGGAGGGAGAUGUCUAAGAGUGAGGCGACACUAGGGGGCGACAGAAGAGAGUCCGCUCCGGGUGACGGAGGCUGAGCCAGACCGUUCUGCAGCGAGAGAGAGAGAACAGCGCCACCUUGAAACACUACAUGCUCUGCAUGAACAUGUAGUGUUCAGAUCCCUAACCUCAGUGAUGGAGUGCUGGAGAAGCCGUGAGUCCUCCUGGCCUUUAGGGAGUGUUUCAGUCGUGAUCAAGGUGUUGUCACCAGAGGGCACGUCGCCGUCUCUGCGGGGACUCUCAGGGAUGAUGCCAGCCGAUUUAGCUGCCAGGUCGAUGGCGCCUGAACACACAUUGUGGUUUCAAACUCACCGCACACUCAGCUGUAUUUACUAAAGAAGAAGCCACGAUGUGAGCAACAUACUGGAGAGCUGGCUGCUCACUGCAGAUGUCGAAGCACCAGGAGCAGUUUUGGACUGAGGAGGUCGUGAGGGGGGAGUGAGUCGCGUUUGGAUUGGCCGAAAAGAUCCAGUUCCUGAUGAAGGUGACAGAAAGGUCAGCUGACUCAGACGCAGCUCGUGCUGCAGGAGGCUGUUGUACCUGUGGCGGAAGAGUUGGACAGGAUGGAGAAGGAGCAGACGUGCUGCGGCGUGUCGCCCGUCGUCCGCGGCAGCAAAGUCCUCUGCAGGCAAGAAGGGGAUCAUCUUCAUGACUCUGCAUUUUUCUCUUUUUCAAAGCUCCGCCCUCACUGCUCUGAGUGACUCACCUGAACCACCAGUGGCUUGCGCAACUGUCUGUUUCGAGGCUUCCUCUGUCUGGAGAGGAAAAGGUCCGAGUGCAUCUGCGGAGGAAAACCUGAUUCAUCACAAAUUCAACUUUAACCCUGCAGAGUCCAGGGUGGCACUACGGGAGCAAGAUGGGCUCAAGAAGAGUUGUCAGAAAACAGGCUUCUCUUACGCUGAUGGAGUCGAGCUGCUGCCUCAGCGCGAGCUCCGCCUCCUUGUUGGGGGAGAACAUUCGGUUGUGUCGGGAGCUGUUUGGGGGGAGGGUCGUGGGCACUGCAAACACUCCGCUCUCUGGAUCGCUGGACCCCAGCAGGGAGCGAGGAAGGUUCCGUCCGCCUGCGCAGACGCCAGUCAUGAUUGUCCGGACGCGACCUUGCUGACUAGGACAUAUGGGAUCGGUACCUGCGCCCCCGACGUUAGACCUCGCCCCUCGGGCGGUGAGCUGCUGCCGACUAUAGUUGGGGCUGCGGACCCCUGCUACCUGAGCUUUCCCUGGAGGAGUGAGAGGCUCGUCCUGCUGGCUCUUGAGAGGGGAGGUGGCAGUGGAACACAACUCAGGCGGCUGCGAGGAGAACACGAUUUCAACUGAAUGUUUCCUGGAUGGAGUGUGUCUGAACAUAAGAAGAUCAUCCUUACCACUGGUUUGGGGUUGACCUCAGUGUUGACCAGCCUGAGCAGACAACGCAGAACACGUUGUGUAGGGUUUGGUUUGACGGUGAGUCCGUGUUCCUGGCUGCCGUCUGGAGGCGCGACAGUCUGCCACUCGUACUCCAGCUGCAACUUCCCGGGCUUCCCGAACAUCAGGUAGAGCUCAGCCAGCGUGACGUUCUCCGCGUCGCGGGCACUCCAGCCUUCCUCCCUGAUCUGCUCGAUCGUCCGCUCUUUAGCGCCGGACAGAAGUCCCUCGUCUGAGGCAGCCACCGGAGCCUUCGCUGGAGGAGACGGCGUCAUCUCUGGCGAGGAGGUGCCGAGGUUCUGCUCCUCUUUGCUUAGCUCUGACAAGCUCUCCGCACCAAUGCACAUAUUAUCUGUUGUACUGGUCACAGAUGAACCACAGAUCCCGUCUUCGCCCAGAGGAAUCUUGCUCCCCUCGACGGCCUCCUCUCUGGCAACCACCGGCACACAUGAGGCAGGUGACACCCCAGAGAGUGCAGUCUUCUCCUCCGCCCUCUCCAGUGAGGCCUCACAGGCGCUCACCGACACCGCAGAAGUUGCUUUUCCAGGCUUAGCGCGAGCUGCCGAUUGAAUCCCCAGGAUCUGGACAGUGGGCAGCUCCUUGGUAUUGGGCCGGUUCUUCCCGCUCUCCUGCCAGUGGACAGUGCAGGAGGCCUUGGAGUGGACCACUCGGGCCACGCCGGGCAGCGUGGUUAAAGUGCUGCUCUCGGCCGGGAACAAGAAGAGCUCCUCUAGCCAGGACUUGGUGGGAGAGUUGGAAGAGGUUCCCUCCAGAGCCUCACGUUCCAUCAGACUCUUCAGCUGCAGAGGUCAGAGUCAAGGUCAUUGGUGACAGACACAGAUCCGCGGAUCUCUGCUCGGGAUUUUGAUCUAAAACCAGGUGUAAGGAUACGAUUCGCUGGUCGUGGUAUGCCCACUUCUGCUUCAGGUACUCGAUGAGACUGGAGACCUUCCUGUGGAGCUCCACCACCAUCCUGCAAUUAGAGAUGCUUUAAUAGGAACAUCACUAGAGAGGAAGUUGUGUUUAUGAAUCACAUGGUCCCAUCGCUGUAACACAACACUAGAAUUACUUCACAAAAGUGCUAUUUCUGUUCUCCCCAUCAUUCAUCUGUGACAGUGUUCUGCACAGGUCAAACAACAGAUGAAUGUGCUGGAUCAUUACAUCUGCAGAUCAACAAUCCACAGCCCAAAUUUAACUGAACUUCCAGAGAAAGUAAAAUCCUGAAACACAGUAUUGAGACCACGACGACAGCUUUCAGUCUAAAAAUAAAGAGCUGAGCAAUGCUCAGGAAAUGUUGCGGAGCAUGAGUUUUUUUAUGCAAGAGAGGACAUUCAUGGGUUUAAGUGUAUGAACAGAAGGUGACUGAAAUACAGACUGUCACAGAGGAUGAAAGCUCUCACCUUAGACGGGGGUUGUGAGCAAGACUCUGGACUCGGGUCCACGACUGGUUGCUUCGCGGCUGCAGCUCCACAGCGACCUUGAGAGGAAGACGCACUGGCUUCUGGUCCUCCUCGUCACUCACGCCUGCAGAUGAAAGGGAUUUGACUUCAAAGUUUCCAGGGUUUACUGACUGAGAUAUGGGUCAAAAACUGACAGACCCAGUGUUCUAAAUAGGCAAAAUGAUUCUGAACCAUAUGAGGAAACUGUCCACAAAAAUAGAGACACUAGUUUAAAAAAUGGUCACCUGCUCUAUAAUCUAGCCUUUGGGUCAGUGCGUUCAGUCUUUCUCUUCCAUAAUCUGGGUAACCAUGGAAACACGACAAGCCCACACGUUGCUAUUGUUGCUAUCAAACCCCACCCCCGCUGUUCCUGACAUCUUUAUGCUGCGAUGUUGUUUCCCCAUCAUCUUCUGGGUCACCUGGAUCUUACCAUCUGGAUCACAAAGUUUCUUCAGCGCUCGACACAUGGGGGCUUUGAUCCGCAGGUUCCUGCCUUUGGAGCGCACAGUGGUGGCCCUGCGGAGACAGAAGCAUGGCACGUUUGGCCGCAUGAGGUCAUAACCGCAGACGGUUAUAACAUUUGGACUCACCCUUGUUGGAUGAGCUCAUUCAGCUUUGCCACGUUCUUAUCGUCCAUUACUGUGGGAGACGAAACACAACCUGUUAUGUUUACAACCUUCCGUCCCUCAGGAGCAGCUGCCCCCUCGUGACCUCCUGCCUAAUCACUGGAACAUAAACGCAGUGUAAACAAGGACGGCUCCGACACUCACAGCCUCCCACUUUCUUGCGGAGCUCAGCGUAGCAGAUGAGCCCGUAGAGUUCCUGGGAGGACUUCUUCAGCACACGGGCGUAAACUGAGGACAGGCAACGGCAUGUGUUUACAAAAAAAGGCUUUGAUGAAAAAUAUCUGGCGGCUCACCGUUAGCAAAGUCGAUGUGUUUGGAGAUCUUGUGCCAGGUCCGGUAGUAGAAGUGGCGCACCUGCUCCUUGUUCUUCACCAUGUUGGCAGGCUUCCCUCGCUUCUUGUACUUCAUGGCGAUGUUGUUCUGGAUGGCCUCGAAAUCCUUCCCAUGCUAGAGAGGAGCAGACGGAAAUCGAAGUGGCAGUGAAAGCGCUGCAUGCAAGAAACACAGCGGCGACUUUGGAUUUAGCGGGUGACAAUUUGGUUGGCAGUACGUGGGUCAAGAUAGAAGUGGUGAGGAUUUAACCAGCGCAACAGCUUAUCAGUUUGUAUAGCAGCCACACACAAGAACGAUGCAACAACCAUGUACAAGUCUGUCGGCAGCCACAAACCUCACUACACUACAGAUCCCUGCAGUGCUCUAUAGGGCUGGGUAUCGAUUCUAAUUUCAAGAAUCGAUUCGAUUCCAUCCAAUCUCUUCAGGUUAGUAUUUAAACCAUUUUCUGAGCUACUGCCAUAAUCACAUGACAAGUGACGCAACAUAUUAAUACUAGUAUCAUAUUGACAUUCAACAGGAAAUGAAUGAAGGAUUCAUAGUAAAUGAUAAUAAAGAUCCAGACACAGAACGGCAGAUGGGACUGGCUCAUGGGACUGCUGCAUUAUUAGAAAUAGGACAUGAACAAUUCACCCAAAAGAUGCUGUUUAAUACUAAUGCAUUUUUAUUUUAUUAUCAAAAUGAAAGAAAGAUAUUCUCAGCGAGUGAAAAUGUCAACAGAGUGCUGACUUCACAGCAACCUGACGGUCAUUGCGCAGUAUGUGAACAGUUCUCUGUGGUCUGUAGUACGUACGACAAGAGGUCUCACUCCUCAUCAAUAUAGUGAGUUGUCAGACUCGUGUAAGACUGCCAAGAUGUCCACGUAUCUCUUGUAAUGCCCACCCUGACUGCCGACUGAAUCUUACUUUUCACGUUUUCUUUUACUGACCGGUGCAAUGCUUGGGAUAACAGACGUUUGAGAGACACCAUAGCGUAGUGUGGCUCUAUUACGGUCAUUAGCCGCCUGAAGCCCUCGUUUUCAACGACGGAAGACCCUAACCCGGCGCAUAUCUUUGCAAGUGAAGCCCGCAAUCACUUCAGUUAUUUUGACAGAGCGUGCAGAACUACCCGGUGGUGGUAAAGUUCGCUCGAGUUUCAUUUGUUGUGGCCCGGUGGAUGGCUUGGACAGGAGCGCUGGGUGAUGUCGCGUCACGUGACUCGUGAGGUCGUCAAAGGGCUUGGACUUCACCCGGAGAAUAUGUGUUAAAACGUAAAUUAAUUAAUCCGAUCUUUGGACACACAAAUCGAUUUUCAUGGAAUUAAUGUACGAAUCGAUUCAGAAUCAGAAAAUCGAUUUUUUAAACACAGCACUAGUGCUCUAACAUUCAGGCAGCCACCUCCACUAUGUUCUCCCAAUAUAAGUUGUCACUACACAACAGUGACAUCGUUGAACACCAUCUCAAAUAUACAAGCUUUGACCCCGAAAAAGUGUGACGUCAAACCACAACAAGGUUCAACACUGAGCAUCUCCCCAAUUGCUGUUACUUAAUUCAGUACACAGGCAAAAUGUAAAUGUGAGAUUGAGGGUCUAAAAUGUGUCUGCAAUAUACAUAAUGGGAGGCAACCCGAGUUGCACUUUUGGAGGGAAAAAAAAGCCACAUUUUUAUAACAUUUAAAAUACAUUUUUGUGGGACCAUUUCACCCACCCUGUGUUCAUGAAAUUCAAGUGUUUAAUAACUAAAUUUAUCUAGAGGUAACUUCCUUGUUGGAACCACUUUUUAAUCAUCCUUAACAUUUAAAAAAGAUAUACCUAAGCAGGUAUCUAAAAACGUACCUCAUACAGCCCCUCAAAAAAGCUGUUUUUGUCUUCAGCACUCCAUGACUCCCACUGUCGACGAGCCCUCUUCUGGUUGCCAGCUUGUUCUUCUUUAUCAGUAGGACCUUGGCCUUUGGAGGCCUUAGAAACACCCCCCAAGGUACUGGCCAAAGGCCCUGACUGACCCACCGAUCCCUGGGUGGAUGAUCCAUUCUCCGAGGCUGUAACACACACACACAAAAAAACAACAACAAGAAAUUAGUAGGACACAAACACUUAAAUCAGAUAUUUUACUCUGUAUUUUAUAAACUCCUCUCCAGCCAAACAACUUAACCAGUCACACCCCCUGCCGCUUCCCUGCCUCACUGGGCUGAAUUUUGGCAGCACGGCAGAAAAAAUGAGCCCAUAUGGCUGCGAGUCGAGAGUUCAAAACCACCUUGUUGUGGGCUCGGACAGCCAAAUGUAUCCUAGCGCACAAUGCCAGGAGGAAACCAAACAAACACUGAUCUCAGCUGGACACUGCCACCAGCCAGUGCUGUGAAACUAACUGUAGACAUGCUGAUGCAAAUGCGUGUGCGGCAGCGGUAACCCAGAUGUGUCUCGUUCCAAAUAGACAUGUACCAAUAUAGCAUCAGAUUAAAAUAAACUGAGCUCCAUUCAGUCGCAUUCUAGAUCCCCCUGCAUUCCUCAGUACGGUCAGCUCUAAAGAACAAACUGAGGUCCGCCUGAAAAUGAAUUUUCGGACACAUUAUUGAACUUCGACCACAUGCCUUUACAGCAGUCACACUGCCACAUCGACAUUAAAAAUGCAUGUGGUUACAACUUUGACAGGCAGCAGAACAUCACAUCGUCCUCUCCACACCUCGGUAUUAUAAAAAUAAAUAUAUUUAACGUGUGUGUUGGUUUUGAGGUCAGAGCUAUUGGAAAUACACCUACUGUGUACCUCUGUGCGUCCGUUUACUUGUAAGAAUGAGUACCAACAAGUUAUAUCCAAGAAAUGUAUUCCCUGACUGAGGAGUCUAAUACAUAAGCAGAAUUCUGGGGCAGCAACUACACCUGACCUAGCCUUAGCAGUAGCCCGGUAGAGCAACUAAUAACUAUCUGAGGUCUUGACCGCUUUGAGGCCAUCAUUUCUCUGUCGCCCGUCAGUGCUGCGAGACUGUUACUCGGGUGUUUUCGAUGUGCUGGCAAGUCACCUAAGAUCAUUUUGCAAUCACUCCAGUCACGAGGGUAAAAUCAAGGAAAUGCUGUUUAUGGACUGUCGUGAGUGGAGUUUUAUUCGUUUCAUAAACGGUGUCGACACUGUGAACACACGCUUGCCCAUAACCAUCUUAAAAUAAAUAUAUCAGAAAGUUGAGGUACCUUCUAAAUUUUAUUUCAGGUGUCAGAAAAAUGUUUUUUUAAUUCUGUGUGACAAAUAGAAUUUGAUCACUCAAUUCUGGUUAUUUAUUUAGUCGUUUGCUUUUGUCAUAAAUGUUUGAAAUGAGACAUGGACAUCAGUUCGAAAUGUUAUUUAAAGCUUGAAUGUUGUACUAUGAUAAAUAAUAGUAUAAGAAAAUUAAGGUACACUUGCUCAAAAUAAAAUAUUCUGUCCCUUCUGUACUUGGAAAGUGAACACUAUUA